CGGAUAGCUUCUGCCGUCUUAGCCAGAGGGCCUUGUGUGAUAGAGGAAGAACAAGAUAAGUUACUUCAGUUCUUGAUGGGACGCAUUGGCGAUUGUCCGUACGUCUACCACCUCUCCGCCCCAGGAUUUUUUGCACUUCAAAUUGUGUUGCGUUCGAUUUGUCUCAAAUAUUGACGACUGCAGCAGCGUCGUGAGUGAAUUCUUGUCGUGCUACAUCCCCCAAAUCAUGGCUACUUUCCACGGAUAAAUCCAACGUUUCCCACAGUGCGUCUCUCACAUUCCAACCGUGUGCAUUUGGAUUUCUUAAUUUUUGAAAGAAGAAGAAUUUGAACACUGGUGGUGAUUUUGGUUUUUAGUUUGAAAAAAUAUCGACAAACGAGUGUGUGUGUGUUUCUGUUAUUCCUUUUUUUAUAAAAAAGUUAUUUCGCUUCUGUUUGUGUUGUUGGUCGCCAGUUUGGGGCGAAAUACGUGCCGCUGCUGCUGCUGCUGUUACUUUUUUUCGGUCUCUUUUGAUCUGCAGCCAUGCCUCGGGGUAUCUUAUUUCAUUUGCUGGGUAUCCAGGCUAGACACCACCACCAACUGUAGCUUGGCAGCCGCUUCUUCUUCUUCUUCCUAGACCUUUCCAGAGUCCAUCCCUUUUCCAGGAAUGCAGCAGUCUCAGCUGAAGCGCUGAUGCCAUGGCCGUCCUCGUCCUAUGAGCACCGCAUGAGAUUUUAACCCCGCGCCCAAGCGUCCGUUAUUCUCUGCUGGCAGAAACUCGUAUCAAAUCAAAUCAAUUCCAAGUUUUAAUUUCAAAAAUAAAAGAAAAAAAGAAGGAUAAUUUUCAGCAACAUGGUCAUUUCGAGUUUUCGACGAAUGAGCAAUUCAACUUUGUGAAAUUCCCAAGUGUCUUCAACUUUCAAGGUUGCGAAUUAAAGAUGCAAAACAAUUCAACCAGCCUUUUACGAUUGCUCAAAAUGCAACAGCAGCAGCAAUGGUGGAGGCGAUCGGCUAAUUCAAGUGAAAUGAAAAGCCAGAAAACGACUAGAAGCAAUCCGACGAGGCAUCGCAGAAAUCCAACCAUGGCCCUGUGGUAUUGCACGAUCGUUUUAUUUCUACAAGCCCUGCUGGUUCACGGUCAAGGCCCUGGACCGGGUCCCGGUCGGAAACCGAUGGAUCGGCUGGGCAGCAAUCAGACCACCAACAUCAUGCCCGACCAGUUGAUGCAAUCGAGGGCCGUGGACAUGAGGAUCCAGCUGGAAGUGGCGGAGGAGAGACCGGCUGGCACGGUGGUGGGUCUCAUCCCGACCAAACCCGGGUUCACGUAUCGGUUCAACGAGAAUCCGCGCGAAUUCCGGCUGAACGGGACGACGGGUGAAAUCGUGACGGCCGUCGUGCUGGACCGGGAGGCCCUCUCAUCGGAUCGCUUCGAUUUGGUCAUUUUGUCGAGUCAGCCGACGUACCCGAUCGAGGUGCGCAUCCUGGUGGUGGACAUCAACGACAACGCGCCGGCCUUCCCUGAGCCGACGAUCGAAGUUUCCUUCUCUGAGAGCGCCAACACGGGCACGCGCGUCAUCCUGGACACGGCGACUGACGGCGACGCUGGCGAGAACGACGUCACGACCAACUACGAGAUCGUGGGCGGCAACGACGAUCUCAAGUUCAAGUUGGCCGUCACCACCAAUCCCAGCGGAGAAACGCCUUAUUUGCAUUUGGAGACGACGGGCAAGCUGGAUCGCGAAACCCAAAACCACUAUUGGCUCAAUAUCUCAGCGCAGGACGGCGGGCGGCCGGCCCUCUUGGGCUAUCUCAUCGUCAACAUCACCAUUGUCGAUGUCAACGAUAAUCCGCCCAUUUUCGAUCACAGCGACUAUGUCGUUUCGCUCAACGAAAGUGUUCCGCCCGGCACUCACGUCAUGCAGGUGACGGCCACCGACAACGAUGCGGGUGAAAACGCUCGCGUCACCUAUUACAUCUCGGAGAGCGAGACGCAAUUUGCGGUCGAUGCGGAAACGGGCGUCAUUACCACGACGGAGCAGCUCAAUUGCCAGCGCAGUUGCCCGCAGUUGGUGUCGUCGUGCAACAAGAGUUGCGUGUUCACCGUUUUCGCUCGCGAUCACGGCAACCCGCGACAGGACGGCCGCACUUAUGUCACCGUCAACCUCCUCGACGCCAACGAUCACGACCCCAUCAUCCGAUUCCGCUACUUCCCGGCCACGGCCGACUUCGCCACUGUCGACGAAAACGCUCAAAAUGGAUCGGUGGUGGCGGCCGUGUCCGUCAUCGACUUUGACGAGGGGGCCAACGGCGAGACGACCGUCGAAAUCAAAGCUGGCAACGAGCUGGUCCACUUCCGGCUGGAGGAGACGCCCAGUUUCCACAUUGUCCGCGUCAACGGCGUCCUGGAUCGUGAGAAGAUCAGCAAGUACAACCUGACGAUCGUGGCCACCGACAGCGGGAGCCCGACCCGCAAAGCCCUGGCCUUCCUCAUCAUUCACGUCAACGACGUCAACGAUCACGAGCCCAUCUUCGAGAAGAGCGAAUACUCGGCCGUGCUGAGUGAAUUGGUGUCGGUCGGAUCCUACGUUGCCGGGAUCACGGCCACCGACGAAGACACGGGCAUCAAUUCCAACAUCUUUUACGCCAUCGUCUCGGGCAACGAUCAGCAGUGGUUCGACAUCGACAUGGUCAGCGGACUCAUCACCACUCAUCACCAGCUGGAUCGCGAGCAGCAGGACACGGUCGAAUUGCGCAUCUCGGCCAGAGAUGGCGGACCCAAUCCCCGCUGGGCCUACACCCACAUCAAAAUCACCAUCCUGGACGAGAACGACGAGCAUCCGCAAUUUGUCCAGCAGAGUCUCAAGCAGGUCAACCUGUCGGAGAACACGCCGCCCAACACGUUGGUGGCCCUCCUGACGGCCGUCGAUCACGAUCAGGGAACCAACGGCUCCGUCUCUUACAUGUUUGACAGCGAGAUGGACCAGCGCUAUCCGGGCAUCUUCGCCAUCGACGCCAGCACGGGCCGGGUGACGACCAGGACCAAACUGGACCGCGAAGUCAUUCCCGAGUACGAAAUCAAAGUCGUGGCUCGCGAUCAAGGCAAUCCGCCGCUUUCAUCCACCGCCACGAUUGUUCUGCGCGUGCUGGACGCCAACGACAACAGCCCGGAAUUCUAUCCGCAACAGUAUUUGGUCGCCGUCUCGGAGACUCUCCAAGUGGGCGAGGUGGUUGCCACGGUCACUGCCAUGGACGAGGACGAAGAUGAAAAUGCUCAAGUGACUUACAGUAUCAAAAGCGGAGGCGAAGGCGUUUUCGACGUCGAGGAGCAAACCGGAAUCAUCCGCUUGAGGAGUCCGCUCAACAGCGCCCGCAAAGCUCAGUACAAACUCAAAGUGGCCGCCAAGGACAGAGGCGAUCGCAAAGCGGUGGAAGAUGCAGUGGUGGAAAUUCUGGUGGAAAACAGUCCGGCCAACUACCUGGAUUUCGGCAGCAGCAGCUAUCACUUUGUGGUUGUCGAGGAUCCCGGUAAGAAGGAGCCGGCCAUCGGUCGUGAAAUCGGCCGAGUGAGUGUCAACAACAAACAAGUGCAAUCCAGUCCCAAGUAUUCCAUCAUCGGUGGCGAUCAGUUGAAAGUGUUCCAGAUUGACGAAGUCACCGGCGUGCUGACGACGGCCAAGCGGAUCGAUCGCGAGAAACAGUCGCACUACCAAUUGCUGAUCGUCGCUCGUUCCGGAUUCUCUUACGGGACCGUUUCGGUCAACGUGACCGUCCAGGACGUCAACGACAAUCCGCCGCGCUUCGAUAAAACCAGGGCGGUCGCCCGGGUGGUUGAAAACUGGCCGGCCAAUCACGAAAUCUACUUGGCCAAAGCGGAAGACCUGGACACGGGCAACAACAGUCGCAUCACUUACAGCCUGACUUUGAAUCCGCACGAGCUCUUCACCAUCUCGCCGACGCUGGGCAUGAUCUAUCUCAACCGGCCGCUGCAGCACGAGCAAUCCUACUUUGAGAGUUCGUUGACGUUGGAAGUUACAGCCACCGAUGAUGGAUCACCUCCGUUAUCAUCCCGUCAACUGGUCACUCUGAAUUUAGAAGAUGUCAACGAUCACACUCCCGUUUUCGAAUAUUCUUCCUACGAAACAUCCCUCUUGGAAACUAUAUCAGUGAAUGAGCGAUUUUUCGCGUUAUCGGCAAUGGAUCGGGACAAGGGAGCCAAUGGACGCGUUUCCUAUUUCAUCAGCGAGGGUAACGAAGCUGUCAAAUUCGGGAUCUUUCCGGACGGAAUGUUGUACGUCAAGAGUCCGCUGGAUCGCGAAGCCAAAGAUUAUUACGCCCUGACGGUGGUGGCCGAGGACGGAGGGAUGCCGCCAAGGAGUUCGUCCGUCUCGGUCACGAUCCACAUCAUCGACGAGAACGACAACCCGCCGAAAUUCAACAACGAAACUUUCUCCUUUUACAUUCCGGAGAACGAGGCUCCGGAUUCUUACGUCGGACGUCUGACGGCCACGGAUCGCGACGUGGGUCGCAACGCCGAACUGACGUUUUCCAUCGCCACAUCGCAAAGUGAUUUCAGCAUCGAUCCAAAGAGCGGCUUCAUCAAAACGCUGCGCUAUUUCGAUCGUGAGCGGCUGCUCCAAACCACCGGGCAGGAUUACAUCGUCCUGGAGGCUGUCGUCUCUGACAAUGGCGUGAUCCGAUUGCGGGACAGAGCCCGAAUUCACGUCUUCAUUCUCGAUGUCAACGACAACGCUCCCGCCUUUUCACGGGUCCCCUACAAGACUCAAGUCUCGGAAGGAGCGGCCGUCGACACCCAGGUGUUCCGGGUGGUGGCGACCGACGCCGACGACCAGCUCAACGGCGGGAUCUUUUAUUACAUCACGGAAGGCAAUGGCGAUCACAAAUUCCGGAUCGACGAGGCCAGCGGUCAGAUCGUUUUGAAUCGAGCGCUCGAUCGGGAGACGACCGAUCGCUACACCCUGACGAUCGGAGCGCGCGACGCCGGCCUGCCCAACUUGAGCACUUCCACGACGGUCAUCAUCGACGUGUUGGACGAGAACGACAACGCUCCGGAAUUUAUGCACAGCGAGGCCAAAAUUUCGGCGCUGGAAACUCUGCCCGUCGGCUCCGAGUUGGUGACGUUUCAGGCGACCGAUGCCGAUCUGGGCAUCAACAGCGAAAUCGCGUUCAGCAUCGGGGCGGGCAACAUGCACGACACUUUCCGCAUCGACCCCCAAUUGGGCACGCUCUACCUGGAGAAACACCUGGAUUUUGAAAUGCAGCGCUCUUAUCAUCUCAACAUCACGGCCAGCGACCAAGGCAACCCUUCACUCGUGUCCAGCAUCAGUUUCGUCAUCACGGUAGAAGAUGCCAACGAUAACGCACCUGUCUUCCCCAGCACGGCAAUUGUCCGGCAAAUCCAGGAAGGAAUUCCGUUGAACACGCCGAUCGUUACCGUCACAGCCGAGGAUCCGGAUUCCGGACUCAACAGCCGGAUAAGAUAUUCGUUGAUUCAGCAGGAACCGUCCGUAUUGGUGGGCUCUUCAACGCGUGGCGGAUCCGGCCCCCAUUUCGCCAUCCGUCCGGAUACGGGCGUCGUCUAUGUGGUCCGUCCGAUCGACCGGGAGUUUGCCGACACGUUCCGAUUGACGGUGGUGGCCACCGACCAAGCCGAGCCGGCCAGCAAUCGGAUCUCGGCCGAGAAACUGGUGACGGUCAUUGUCGAAGAUAUCAACGACAACGCGCCGACUUUCACGUCGGUCAGCGCCGGCCUGUUGCCCAAAGGCGCCGAGAAAGGGCAUGAAAUUCUGCACAUUCACGCCGCCGAUGCCGAUGCCAAUACCAACGGAUUAGUCACUUACGAAAUGGUGUCUGGUGAUGCGGAGCUCUUCUCCCUGGAGCGAUCGAGCGGCCGAUUGACGCUGCGCAAGGACGUGGCCACCCCUGAAAUCACGUACCAGCUGAGCGUGAGAGCGACGGACGAAGCCGUUCACUCGCAACGCAAAUCCACCGGACUGCACAUCACCGUCAUCAGCGUGACAGAGGAGACGACGGGCCCUCUGUUCUCCAAGAAACUGUACACGGGUUCCGUGUCGGAGAACGAGCCGGCCGGUACCAAUGUGCUGACGGUGAGUGCCCGCUACACGGGCAAUCCGUUGGCCCAGGUCGAGUAUUUCAUCUACAACGUGACGGCCAACAAUCGCGGCGUGCCGUUGGUCUUUGAAAUCGAUCCCGAAAGUGGCGUCGUCUCCACUUCGGGCAUCCUGGAUCGUGAAGCCAACGCCGAGGAAUACGAACUCGACAUCAUCGCCGUCACCAGGGCAACUCCUUCGCCGCAGACGAGCCUUUGCAAGGCACGAGUCAAAAUUGUCGACAAAAACGACAGUCCACCUGUGUUCCGGGAUGACAAUGCCGUCAUUUCCGUUUCAGAAGAUUUAAUUAUUGGACAACCCAUAACCACCGUAACAGCUACCGAUCUCGACAAAACGGGAACUGUUGUUUACACCCUGGUCUCUGGCGAUGAUGGCAAAUUCACGCUAGAUUCCGCUAAAGGAAUCCUAACUCUGCGGGAUAAUCUUGACAGAGAAUUUCAAAGUCAAUACACGCUGACUAUCAAAGCUGACGAUGGUGAACAAUUCACCGAAACCGUCCUCAUCAUCAAAGUGAUCGACACAAACGACAAUUCUCCAACUUUUAGCGAGGCAGCUUAUUCAUUCGACAUUCCAGAAGACACUGGACGUGGGGCAUUUGUGGGCGCUGUUGUAGCUAAUGACAUGGACGAAGGGAUCAAUGCUCAAGUGUCCUACACUGUUUUAUCCGACUGGGGCAACGACGUUUUCUCUCUCAAUCCUCAAUCUGGUGUUUUUACUUUGACUUCAAGGCUGGACUACGAACAGGUGCAACACUACAUCUUUGUAGUUCAAGCCCAAGACACAGGGCGUCCUAGUUUGUCUUCGACCGUGACUGUCUAUUUCAAUGUUCUCGAUUUGAAUGACAAUGCACCUCUCUUCGAUCCUAUGAGCUACAGCGAUGAACUCUAUGAAAACAUUACCAUCGGGUCUAGCGUCAUUACUGUGAGCGCUACCGAUCAAGAUUCUGGCGACAAUGGAAAGUUGGUGUACAGCAUCAUUGGUGGAAACGAGAACGAGCAAUUCCGCAUCACCCAAAAUGGAACGAUUAUGACAUCGCAAUCUCUUGACCGUGAAACGCAAUCAUUGUACAAUCUCGUGAUAAUGGCCACCGAUCAAGCGAAACCACCCGAAAAACGUCUUUCUUCAACUGUACAAGUCACCAUCAUUCUGAAGGACGUCAACGACAUGGCCCCCGAGUUCGUUUCCUCCAACGAGACGGCAGUGAUGGAAAAUAUUCCAAUCAACACGGUAGUGAUGGCUAUCAAGGCCAUUGACAGAGACGAAGGGCGUAAUAGCUACAUCGAAUACUCGCUGGCACCGAUCGACGACGGCUGUUUCACGCUGGGUCCUGUUGAUGGAUUGCUGCGAGUCUCGGCUUUGCUAGAUCGUGAGAGUCGUGCUAAUUACACGCUUCACGUGAUGGCUUACGACCGGGGUUUGCCCUCACGAUCGCAGUCGCUUGACGUUCUGGUGCGUGUUUUGGACGAAAAUGACAACAGCCCCCUGUUCGACCCCAAAGUGUAUAGUGCCAGUGUGUCGGAGAACGCCACCAUCGGACUGAGCGUGCUGCAGGUUUCGGCAACCGAUAUGGACGAAGGUCUCAACGGCCGCGUUCGGUACACGAUCGUUGGCGGCGACAUCAAUUUCGAUUUUCAUAUCGGAGAAGAUUCCGGCAUCAUUCGAGUGGCCAAGAAUUUGAAUUUCGAGCGGAGAUCGCAGUACGUCUUGACGAUUCAAGUCGAAGAUUCGGGUAAUGAUGUCCGAUACGACACUGCGACGGCCACCAUUACCAUUAUGGACAUUAACGACAACGCGCCCAUCUUCCUGGAUUCGCCGUACAUCGCUUACGUUAUGGAGGAGAACAAUCGGCUGCCAGUGCCCAUCAUAACCGUCCAAGCUCACGAUGCCGAUUCGCCACCGUACAACCGAGUUCGCUAUUUGAUCAAAGACGGCGACAAGGGACUUUUCCGCGUCAACGGCACCACUGGAGAAAUUUCAGUUCUACGUUCCCUUGACCGUGAAACUCAGUCCCGCUACGAGAUCAUUGUCGUCGCCAUGGAUUCUGGUGUUCCAGUAUUGACUGGAACGGGAACCGUACUCAUUUUCGUCGAGGAUAUCAACGACCACAGCCCGGAAUUUUCUCAAAGCCAAUACAGAAGUGAUGUCGUAGAAAACGGACCCAUUGGAUUGUCCGUGACCAAAGUGUCUGCAUUUGACAACGACUCCGGAGAAAACGCGCUCAUCAGGUAUCAACUGAAAAACGACAAGGACAAAUUUAGAAUCGAUUCCAGCACUGGAGAAAUCUUCACGCAAACUAAAUUAGACCGCGAGGAGCGUUCCAAAUAUGAACUGGUGGUCGUAGCCUCCGACUCCAGCUUGACUAAUACCCGCACUACUGAAGUCAACGUCAUCCUCUUUGUAAAUGACGUCAACGACCAUCCACCGAUUUUCAGAGAGAUGGUCGACAUUAUCUACAUCCCCGAUAACAUUCAACCUGGGCAGUUUGUACUGGGUGCCAACGCAGUCGACGCCGACGUGGGUCUCAACGGAAAAAUCGUUUAUCAUUUGUUUGGUGACGAUGCUAGCAAGUUCAGUGUCAAUCAAGACACUGGCGUCAUCAAAGCGUCAAACCUUUUGGCUUCAUCCGCUUCCAAAUCGGCUACCUUCAAGUUGGAGAUCCGCGCUUCCGACAGCGGAGUGAAUUCCCUGUCGUCCAUCAGCACCGUUGAAAUCCAGUUACGUCCCGCUGACCAAUUCCCCGUCAUUCGCAGCGAUGCCAAGUCUUUCACGUUUAGCGAGCAGAUAGAAAAUCGAGUUUUCACUACUGUCAUUGCUACUUCACCGAAAACUGGAGCUGCAGGAGAAAUCCAGUACGGAAUAGCUGGCGGCAACACGGGAGAUGUCUUCCAGAUUAAUAGCAAAACUGGCGAAGUGUCGAUUGGCACAGGAUUGGACUAUGAAAUCUCAAACCAAUACGAACUGUGGAUUGAAGCUCGCGACUCGGACGACAUUUCAUUGGCUAGUGUCACUCGUCUUCUCAUCAAUGUGACAGAUUUCAACGAUAAUUCGCCGAUAUUCGAUCACGCCAUCUAUUAUGCAAGUAUCCUAGAAGAGCAAUUCCCUCCAUCUCCAUUGAUGUCUUCUCAACGUGCGGGAGUUGACUCUGUUGCCUUACAGGACGGAAAAGCUAGUUCAGGAUUUUCUCAUUCUAGUUCUCGCCAUUCGACAAUUGGGCACGAGAACUUUUCGGCGAACCAAAUCGAUCGUGCCCGUGGCCAAAAUUCCACCGAUAAAGUGGUCCUGACGGUGCACGCGACCGACUUGGAUUCCGGACGCAAUGGCCUAGUUCGCUACCAACUACGAAAUAGCGGCGACCUGGAUAAUGCCUUUAGUGUGGACGCCGAGUCGGGGAAAAUUUAUACAAAUGUCAAACUCGACCGAGAAGAUGUUGGCCAUUAUGUGCUGAUUGUGGAAGCGGUCGACCAAGGGGCCCCACAGCGGUCAGGAACGGCCACUGUCUCGGUCACAGUUGCCGACAAAAACGACAACCCACCUCGUUUCACGCGUCUUUUCAGCGUGAACGUAACCGAAAAUGCGGCCAUCGGCACUUUUGUCAUUCAAGUGACAAGUUCCGACCGAGAUAUCGGAGUCAACGCCAACGCCACUUACAGCUUCACUGAAAAUCCAACCGGAAAGUUCCGAAUCGAUCCAGUCAGCGGCAAUGUGACGGUGGCCGGCGUCAUCGAUCGCGAAUCGAAAGAAGAAUAUUUGCUCAAAGUAUCGGCGGUUGACGGCUCUUGGCGUGCCGAAACUCCGCUCACCAUUACCGUCCAGGAUCAAAAUGACAACGCUCCCGAAUUCGAGCACAGCUUCUACAGCUUCAAUUUCGCCGAGUUGCAGCGCAAUGUGGCGUUCGUGGGACAAGUGACAGCUGCUGAUCGGGACAAGCAAGGCCCCAACGCCAUGAUAACCUACUCGAUCAAACAUCCAUCCGAGUUCUUCUCGAUUGAUCUGACCAGCGGAGAGAUCCUGUCCAAGCAAACGGUGCGCUACAAGCACACGAACAAAGGAUCGUCGCCCGAGAAUAUGUACACAUUGUGGAUAGUGGCGACAGACAACGGCAAGCCUCCGCUUUCAUCCGAAUGUCUGGUCAGCGUCAAUGUCAUCAACGCCAACAGUUACGCGCCUCGUUUCGACAAGUCCGUCUUCUUCUCGCCCGUUCCCGAUAGCGCCGUCUUGGGGCAGAACAUCUUGCAACUGAUGGCCGAACGUGGCCAGCCGGAUACAAUUGGCGGCGGCACCGUUCAAGCCGAUUCGGUGGAAUUCACCAAAGUCGGUGGCAAUGGAUCGGAUUUCUUCAAUGUCGAAAAAGAAACGGGAUGGGUGACUGUGACGGGCCCACUUUUUGGCCGCAGGGAUAUGGAAUUUGUGCUGGUCGUUCGGGCCUACAGCACGGGAGCUCCAUCGACUCACGACGAAACGCUGGUGCGUCUGGUGGUGACGGGCGAAAACCGGCACACUCCCAUUUUCACGGCGCUGAGUUAUCAAAUCAUCGUGCAGGAGAACGAGCCGUUGGGUUCCAUCAUCGUCAGCGUGACGGCAUCGGACAACGACAGCGGUCCCAACGGUGUCGUCCACUACGCCAUCGUCAGUGGUAACGACGAGAACAAAUUCCUGAUCGAUCCCAACACGGGAGACAUCAGCGUCGCCAAUACUUUGGAUUUUGACACGCUGCCCAAAUUCACGCUCAACAUCACCGCCACUGAUAUGGGUUUCGAGCCUAAACUUGCCACGGCUACUUUGACUGUGUUGUUGACGGAUGUCAACGACAAUCCACCGCGAUUCAAUCAAUCCCAUUACGACGGAUUUGUACGUGAAAAUUUGCCACCGGACACGCUGGUCAUGGAUCUGGAAGCGUUCGAUGCCGAUUCAGCCAAAAAUGGAAUCAUCCAAUAUUCCAUAAUCGGCGGCAAUGGCAAAGAUUUCUUCACCAUCGACUCUGAGACGGGCGUCUUGACCACAAAGAGCUCAUUCGAUUUCGAAGAGAAAAAUUAUUACGAACUGGACGUGUUGGCGUCCAAUCCAGACUCGUCCAUGUUUGGUUCAACGGUCGUUCGCGUUCACAUCACCGGCCGCAACGAGUUCUUCCCCAAAUUCGUCCAGCCCGUCUUCCAGUUCACCGUCUCUGAAUCGGUGCCGGUAGGAGCCAGCGUUGGUAUUAUCCAGGCGACGGACAGAGACAACGGAGAAGACGGAGAAGUGUUCUACCUCUUCGUGGGAUCCAGUAACGAUCGAGGAUUCCACAUCACGCCGGAAACGGGAGUCAUCACCGUGGCCCGCCCACUGGACCGUGAAUCGAAUCUUCAUUUUGUCAGCAUCUUGAAAGAGCAAUUGCCGAUGACUAGCGCCCAGCGUGGCAGCCAGUCCGACCUCAACGGCCAAGAUAUUUCAUCCGUCGACUACAUGGUGAGUCCCGUGGAUCACGCUCGCAUUGUCCUGUCGGUUAUGGCCAAGAACAGGGGCGGCAUUCGGGGCAAUGACACCGACGAGGCCCAAGUCAUCAUUUCAAUUCAGGACGGCAAUGAUGCGCCCGUCUUUGUCCAGCCGAUUUAUCAUGUGCUCCAACUGGUCGAAUCGGCUCCCAUCGGCACCAAAGUUGUCACCGUCGAAGCUGUCGACAAGGACGUCCGGCCACCCAAUAACGAAUUCACCUACUCAAUCCUGGGUGGUGAAGGAAGCAAAGCUUUCAGGAUCGAUCCUCGCAGCGGAAUUAUCGAAACGGUUUCCCUGCUGGACCGUGAGCGUCAGGCCGUCUACAACGUCACAGUGGGAGCCAUCGACAGAGGCGUUCCACCCCAAACAGGCACCACUGAAGUGCAUAUUGUCAUUCAAGAUAUCAACGACAACGGCCCAGUCUUUGAGCCAGUGCAUCCAGUUGGUUCCGUCUUUGAGAACGAGCCUCCAGGCACAAGCGUCAUGAUUUUAAGUGCCAUCGACGCCGAUCAAGCUCCAAACGCCGAACCUUUUACUUACACAAUCGUUGGAGGCGAUCACAAGGACUACUUUGUCGUUGACAAAGAUACAGGCGUCCUACGAACGACCAACAUCCUCGAUCGAGAAGAAGCGCCGCAAAUGACGAUCCUGGUGGAAAUCGCUGAUGCUGGAACCCCUCGACUCAAGUCGCAGUUACCUGUGAGCAUCAAUGUGUUGGAUAGGAACGACAAUCCCAGCACGGCUCGCACAGUCCGGCUGGUAGUCAACAUCUACACAGAGACGUUCGUUGGUGGCCGAAUAGCCGACGUGAGACCCAAUGAUUUGGACAUUGCGGGCCAGUACCAGUGCCGCAUUGUCAGCGGUCAAUCUGUCAGUGCCGCCAAUCUCUUCAGCAUACCCAGAGGUUGUAACCUGCACGCUUCACGAAUUCACAAACCAUCUGAUUACAAUUUGAAAAUAUCGGGCAACGAUGGCGUCCAUCCGGAUGUCACCUCCUCGAUAUCGAUAUCCUUUACAUCUUUCGACAACAAGACGUUGCAAAAUAGUGUCACUCUCCGCCUAUUGAACACAUCCACUGAGCGAUUGCUGGUCAACCACUGGAAACCGCUCCUGGAUGCCCUGCAGGCCAGCGUCUCUUUCGGCACGGUUCACAUUUACAGCAUCCAUCCGGAAGGCGAUCACGUUGAUCUCACUUUGGCCGUCCAAAAGCCGCAAGGAGAUUACUGGGAUCAAGAAAGCGUGGCGACUUUCCUGGACACAGCCAAGGAUCUCAUACAAAAAGCUCUGACUCCGUCGACUAGGUUCGUCUCCAAUUUCACUCCGUGCCAGAACAUGCCCUGCGAGAACGGAGGUGUUUGCUCUUCCACUCUGCGGAUGUCGGAAGAGCUGGAGACGGUUGAUUCUCCAGUUUUCAUUUUCACUUCUCCGCGACUGGAAAAUCAGUUCAUUUGCAGCUGCAAAAACGGUUUCAGCGGAUCUCGAUGUGAAUUGCGACAAGAUCCUUGCACACCUUCUCCGUGCCGUAACGGAGGCGCUUGCACCCGCCAAGGAUCCGAUUUCCAGUGCAGCUGUCCGAUGGGUUUCCAGGGAAAACAAUGCGACCAAGAACGCAGCCGGGCAUGCGAGCAUACGCCAUCACCAUGCCGCAAUGGCGGAUCAUGUCAAGAAACACAAGAAGGAGCUUACUUUUGCCUGUGCCGGCCUGGAUAUCGAGGAAACCAGUGUGAGCUGACAUCCGAUUCGUGUCGACCAAAUCCUUGCUUGAACGGAGGAAUAUGCGAAAAUCGGAAGCCAGGCUACCGUUGCCUGUGCUCCGACAAUUACUUUGGCACUCAUUGCGAGAGAUCAUCUUUCGGAUUCUCAGAACUGUCUUACAUGAUGUUCCCGCCUCUGGAAGCUAGCACCAAUGACAUUUCGAUUGUUUUCUCCACGAAUAUGGAUGACGCACUUUUGGCCUACAACUUUGGGCAGCAGACUGGCGGCCGUUCAGACUUUGUAGCGCUGGAAAUUCACCAGAAAAAGGCCCGUUUUAUGUUCGGCGGUUCCCAGACAGCCAUCGCUUCCAUAAGUGUUCCGAAGGUAGUGUCGGAUGGCAAAUGGUAUCGGGUAACCGCAACCCGGAAUGGCCGCAUUGGAUCUCUCAGCGUUGGAGAAUGUUCCCACACGGGCGAAAGCUGUCGAGAUUGCCGAUCAGGCGAUAGGACUUGUUCCGCCGAUUACACCGGACCCACAGGAACUCUGAACUUUAGCAACCAGCCAAUGUAUUUAGGAGGUGUAGCCACAAUCGAAUCAAUCCAAGAUCGGCCCGGCCAGGUGCACAGUGACGAUUUCAUCGGUUGCUUCCAAAGUGUAUCGGUCAACGGUCGCUCCUUGAACCUUUCAAAUCCAUUAAAGUCGAGAGGAGUAACCAGCACUUGUCAACGUCGCCGAGAACUUUGUAAUGGGCAUGGCCCAUCUUGCGGAGUGGGCGGUACAUGUGUUGACGGCUGGAGCAACGCUACCUGCGUUUGCCAAGGAGGUCUUCAGGCUCCUAAUUGUUUUGCGGCCCUGGAACCCAUGUCUUUUACUCAGGGCAGUUACGCCGAGUUCUACAUCUCCGAACGACAUCGAAGACGUCAAAUCAUUCGCGCCCUCUACUCUAGCGGCCAGAAAUGGAAAAGAGAAAUAGCGGAAGAAUUCCGCUCUAUAAGCGGACGAUUUAGCCAAAGCCGGAUCCCGCGGGAAAUUGGAGAAUCCAUCUCUCUUCACAAUUCCGUCUCGGUCAGUUUUAGGACCGUAGCGAAAAAUGGCUACCUAUUCUUUGCCGCAACAAAUAACGACUUUACAGCAUUAAAGCUUCAAGAUGGAUUCUUACAAUAUGCUUCGCGAUACGGAUCUGGAUCGCUGGUCAACAUGACGGUUGAAGAUACAAUGCUGGCCGAUGGAACGUGGCACAAUGUCACAUUGACGUCGAAAUUCCGCACCUUGCGCUUAAUUUUGGAUGGCGUCGAAGUUGGAGAUGAGCUUGACAUGUCCAUCGUCCACGACUUCAUGGAUCCUUAUCUAACAUCUGUCAUCAUUGGCGCCGCGAAUAAAGACGUCUACAACAUCAACACGAAUGUCUUUGAAUUCGAAGGAUGCCUGGCUAAUUUCACUGUCAACGAUGAGAUCCAGCCCCUGAACGGUUCUGGUGGAAUAUUUGACAGAGUUGUUCACCACGGUCGCGUUUUGACUGGAUGCAGCAACAGUAUCGCCGGUGCCUCAACUGCUCCCGAUCCUUUAAGCAUCGGCAUUACCCUCGUCAUCGUUUUCUUCGUGAUCCUGCUCGUAGCCAUUUUGAUCAGCUUCGUAGUCGUGCGUGUUCGCCGCCAGCAGCGUGACAAAAAAGCCGGUUUGCAGAUCAACAAGCAUAACGGAGGCGCCAUGAUGGGAGGCGGAUCGAUCAACGAUCCAUCCCGAACCUUGGCCGAGUCAGGGUACGUCGAAACGUCUGACGUGAGUGAGGACGGAUGCGUCCGUCCCCGGUUGACUCAAGAUAUGGCGUCGAAGAAAUUUCGCGAGCGCGAAGUGGCGGACCAUCGGGAUCGAGACAGACCACAGCGGCCGGAUAUAAUUGAACGUGAAGUGGUUAACAAAUCUCCCGGUGUGCCCUUACGGGUUGAGGAUUCGCAUUUAGGAGACAACAGUUCCAUGACUGGCCUUGGUUUAGGUGACUGCGAAGGUCCCGAGCAUUACGACUUGGAGAACGCUAGUUCCAUCGCUCCUUCCGACAUCGACAUCGUUUACCACUACAAGGGCUAUCGUGACGGUAACGUCCGCAAGUACAAGACCAAUCCUCACGUUCCGAGUUACCACAAGCACAGUCAUCGUCAUUCGCCACACAGCUUCGUCAGCCCUACUCACCGCGAAUCGCCCAGAAACAUUUUGCGAUCCAGUCCAGCUCCUGGGUUGCCUGGUGGACCACCAGUGGCUCCUCCUCGUGAGUCUCCGGGAGUGUUGAAGAUGCAAAGCACACCGCUAGCUCGACUUAGCCCCAGCUCUGAGCUCUCGCAACAAACUCCGCGCAUUCUGACUCUACAAGAUCUAAGCGGCAAACCACUUCAGACGGCCCUUUUAGCCACGUCGCAAGUAGGAGGCGUCAAGGAUGUAAUGAGCACUAGCGAAAGGAGCCUGAAUAGUCCUGUCAGUCAGUUGAGCCAGAGCACAAGCUCGAUACGAAACUCGUCCCAAGCCACUAAAAAGAAGAAGAAAACUGGAAGCGAAAUGGGCGUAGCGCUGGGCUUGACGGCCGAAGAAAUCGAGCGUCUAAACUCCAGACCUCGUAAUUCCAGCUUGGUCAGUACACUGGAUGCUGUUUCUAGUUCGAGUGAUGACCGGCCGAGAAGUAAAGAAAAACUGUCCGAAUUGAUGGAAACCAACACGGAGUUGUUGGAAACGGCCGAGAGUUCCACGGACGAAAGUGGCAACGAUUCGUUUACUUGCUCUGAAUUCGAAUAUGAGAACAACUACGAGAAAGUUUCCAGGGAUUUCGGGCCAGGGAACAUGAUUUUCUCCAAGCUGGCCGAAGUCGAUAACGAAAACGAACACGACAACGAAUCGGGCAAACAUUACGACGGAUUCGAUUCUUUCCGAGGCUCUUUAAGCACUUUAGUCGCAUCCGAUGACGACCUUUCCAACAUCAGUGCAUACAAACCUCCGAAUGGAUCGUCACUAGGAUGGGACUAUCUUCUCAACUGGGGGCCAAAUUUUGAGAGCUUGGUGGGCGUGUUUAAAGACAUUGCAGAAUUACCAGACUGCAAUGGAAGAAACAAUGUCUCUUCUCGUAUGGUCGUGUGUCCCAAAGCAAAUGAAGAGUAUAUAUAAAAAAAUACUGAAUGUUUGUUUGGCUGUGAAGUUUUUUGCUAAGUGAAUAAGAGUGUGGGAACAAGUGACUAUUUAGCAAUAACAUGUGACGCAAUUAGAACAGAUAGUUUUGAAUGUUAUUGAAACUAAACAAUACUGUGUUUUCGUGGUUUUGCAAUUUUUGAGCUAAGUAAUUUACCUCUUUAAUAACUCAAUAUUGUUAGUUUUUGUUAGUUCAUCAGUGCCUUUUGAAAUGUGCAUUCAGUUCUCCAAUGAUUUGUGUACAGCUUUCUUUUUGUCUUCCCUUGCUCACCUUGAGGAUUUUUUAUUGUUUUAUUUGCAACGUAUUAUUUGCGUGUACAUAGAGCACAUUUGGCAGUUGUUGUACGCAUUGCUCCAUGUGUAGUGCCAAAUACAGUGUGGUUUUCCAAUCGUCAAA